AAUGAUUCGAAUUGGUAUCUUUAUCGUUGAGGAAUGAUUCUUUCGUUGUGUGGCAAUACACCGUUGUACGGCGAAGGAUUUGGAUUUAAUUUGGCGCCGAAAACAUGAAGGUUACGGUGUGUUUUGAUGCUGUGCGUGUCAUCGUUCCGUGCGGGAAUGGCGAACUUACUGUCACUGAGCUUAUAGAACGAGCGGUUUCGAGGUAUCGCAAAGCUACAAACAAGCCUGCAGAUGAGCACGUUCAAGUGCAUUUUCUUGAGACCAGCGAUGAUCGUGCUAUUCUCGAUCCUGACGAUAUACUCAGUGAUGUGGUCGACGACAAAGAUAAGUUACUCGCCGUUUUUCAAGAAGGUUCUUCUCAAUUUCUUCAUCGACCAGCACAAAAUGGCAGCUAUGGAACAAGUGCAUCGUCUAUAGGAACAGCAAGUCCUGAUUUGUCACUGCAUGAGGAUGAACCUCCAAAAUACAUAGAAGAACCACCCUUAAAACAAUUUGCUCCAACAGAACCAAAUGCAAAUGGUGAAAUUAAGACUGAACCAAGGGCAGUGAAAAGCCCCCCACCUCCUGUACCACCUAAACCAGUUAGAAACAGCACCAAGAACAACAGUAGGAUUUCUUACAUUGAAUCUAUCCCUUCAGAGGAUUCUGGAAUAUCCUCACAUGAUGACAGAUUUCGAAUAAGUUCAGACUCAUCAAAGUCUGAAACAAUUGAGAGUGUAGUUGUCAAACCUACAAUUUACAGGACAGGUGAAAUGACCUUUGUCGCGGUUGGGAGGCCUGUUAACCAAGCUGUGCAUAAUGGUCAUAACGGUCAUAAUGGUCAUGCAAACCAUGAUAGAAGACGUUUCUCAUCAACGAGUUCUGACCAUGCUGAUAAUGAACACAGUGAUAUAGAAGAAGAAACAUUUUCACUGGGUCGUAAUUCAACUCGGAAAUCUAUGUUUGUGGAUAGCCCAAUAUUGGACAGAUGGGCUGAGCUACAGGAGGAGAGAAUGUUUGUGAAUAAUGCAAACCGAAGUGAGCCAGUGAGUACAGUGACAUCUCCAUCAGAACCAAGCUCUAUUGAACCUGACUUUGCUCUGAAGUAUGAUGAUGAUCAGCGAUCUCAAAGCUCUCAUAGUAGCGGGGAACCUGAUAUGAUUAUGAUUGAAUUGAAUCGUGAAGAUCCACAGGAACCCUUAGGAUUUACAGUGACAGGAUAUAGAACAGCAGAUAGCAGGGAACUUGGGCUCAUCGUUCGAGACAUUUCACCCAGUGGGUGUGCAGCGAGAGAUGGGAGAUUAGAAAUAGCAGAUCGAAUUGUCGAGGUGAAUGGUUUGAGCCUGUUGGACGUACCAAAUAAAAGAGCGGAAGAACUUUUUGCGGGAGCAAUAAAGGCAUCAGUCGUAAACCUUGGAGUGUCUCGUACACAUUCAUUCGUCCCGGGACAGAAGAGUGACACACCACAUGAAGAUGAAGUCGUACACACCCAGCCCAUGGAAGAAAAUAACGAAUCACAAGAACAAGAUCAAACACAGAGAGGGAUCCUUCCUCUUACACCUCAGUCAAUGAUCAGUUCGCCUUCGAUUCCUGACAACAGCUUCAAGAAAGUGAAUAAAAGGAUCCUCGUUGAACUUAUGAAAGGCACUGAUGGUCUUGGAUUCAGCAUCACUUCACGCGACAAUCCGGCCGGAGGGAACACGCCAAUAUUCGUGAAGAGCAUCCUUCCGAAGGGUGCCGCUAUCGAGGACGGACAGUUGAGAGCAGGAGAUCAAAUAGUGGAGGUAAACGGACAGAAAAUGUUCGGCAAAAGCCAAGCGGAGGCCGUGAACGUUUUACGAAGCACCAAGGGUCUGGUAAAGAUUCUGGUUCAACGUGAGGAAACGGUCCAGUCACCCAGAGCUCCUGCGAUAGAGGUAAAUGAAGACAGUAUGAGUCAUUUUAGAGAGGAAGGUCUCCAAGUUCUUACGUUCAAAAUUGCUUUGGACGUAUCUGGCGCGGCAGGCCUAGGGGUGAGUGUUAAAGGCAAAUCACGCGGUACAACUGCGGAAGGUCGAGACAGUCCUCAGGACAAGGGAAUCUUUGUCAAGUCCAUCAUUCCUGGCGGUGCUGCAGCAAAAGAUGGUCGUCUUUGCCCAAACGAUCAACUUCUCCGUGUAAAUGGUAAAUCGCUAGUCGGGUUAACAAACCAGUCCGCUAUGGAUACGCUAAGAAUCGCUAUGCAGUCCACAAGACCUAAUCAAGCCUUCAUUGAUGUGACAAUCGCGCGAGAACAAGAAGAGGCUCCACCACCCCCUGGGGAGUUAUUUCAUAGUAAAUCCCUAGAGAGGCUAAAUGCGCCUGAUCAAGAGAGGCCCAUUGAGGCGAGCUCCGAAGAAAGACUCAUCGGGGGAUCACAAUCACGCACUUCCGAGACAGAUGGUGGUUCUCUCAAAAAGGAACGACUUCCAAGUAGUCAGGAGGACCAAUUUAAUGAAUCAAUGGUCAGCAGGAAUCUGAGCCCGAUUCGAGCGAGAAACGCAGUUCACCGAAAUGACUCGUACUGUGUGGCUAUCAACAAGAGCCAAACACCUGGUUCUCCAUUUUAUAGCCCCUUCAGGCAACGCCCAGUCCAUCGCCCUAGUCCUUUAGCAAUGGCAAAUGAUCGAGUGCCACCCCUUGCUACCAGUUCUCCGGCAAGAACGUCAACGCCGAUGGAUGGUCGAUCUGAAAAUGGCAUCGAAAGUGGAGCAAAUGUACUCACAGGAAGGCCCAUCAGUACCAUUGCCAUACCAACACCGCCUCUCGAAAGCACCGACGAAAAACCUUCUAGUCCCUCACAGGCACCUGUUAAACCUCUUGCUCCUCAGCCCCCGCCGAGAUGGGACUCAGAGGUAGAUCCUUCUGCGAAUAAUAAUUACAAUUUACAAGCAAGGCUUAAGCUUAGGCUCAAAAUGCCAGAUGCUGAGAGACCUCAAGAGGAAGGCACCAAUUCCAAACCCCCAUCUCCGCCCUCGCAGUUUUCGAACCAGUCACCCUCUCAGGAAUGCCCUCCUUCUUAUGAUCAAGCUGUGGCCCGCCUUGGUAGGUCCCCACACGCGUCAGUCAGCUCGGAGCAUGCGACGCCGAGAGAACAGCGGAAAUCGUUGACGGAAGAGAAUGCGGAGAACUCCAUCAUUGCUCCUCCUAGUCCCUUCUCCACCGAGGAAAACCCGUUUCAAAGGGACGGCUUUGGGCGGACGUCAAUGUCGGAAAAACGAGGCCGAGCAACCCUGGAUGCAAGGCAAUCAGAAUUCUUUGUGAAACGAGAACAAGACAGGAAUGAAGAGUAUUCGUCUCCGUCAGAGGAUGGUGAAAUCGACGAGGAAAAACCUGGACUGACAGUUACACGCCAACCUCUCAGAAGGGCUGACUCAGAUGAUGAGCAGCUACGACAUCAAUUGGAGGAAGAAUCUAAAGAGGAAAAACGACCUUCUCCUUAUGGUAGAAUGACAAAAAGUCGCUCGACUGGACAAUUGAAACUUGUGGGACUUACAAAAGCCAAGGAGAAAAAGGCCAAAAGUAACGAUAACUUGAGUUUCACAAGCGCAGUGGAAAAUGCGAACCGAUCUUAUCCAGGUGACUUUCAGAAUGGUCACGCAAGGUUUAGUCCUUCGGACGAGCAAGAAGUACCCAUAACGAUGAGGAGCAAUGCUGAUUUCACAGCAGUACAACAGAAGCUUGGUGCGAAAAAGCCCUUCUACAAAGGAAUCAGUUCUGUGUUUAAGAUCGGAAAAAACAAGCGAGGUGACUACAAUCUAUCGGAAUAUGAUGGUCCAGCGUUUAAACACACUUAUAAUAAAGAAGCACUCAUUGACUUUCCCGCCGAGCAGCGAUACAGACAACUUGUCAAUCAUUACGGUCAGGACAAAUCGUCAGAACGCGCUAGCACGCUGCCGACUCGAGGACGAAAAAAACGGGAAGCGAGAGAAAAGGAGGCUGAACAAAGACGCCCUCCCCCCCCUCCUCCACCUCAGGUGAUGAAAGUUGGAAGAGUUACAGUUACUGCGCCCACUAGAGUUUAACCCUUUAACUCCUAAGAUCUGAUUGUUAAUUCUCCCCUCUAGCUGUUACACAUUUCCUUGUGAAUUGGUUACGAGAAUUUGUAGUUCAAUCAAGGUAAUAUCUUGUACCUGAUGAGUUU